CUUAAAUAAAUGCAAAUAUACAUAUAUAUUGCACGUAAAUAAUAUAAUUUUAACUAAUACACACAUGGCAUCGCAUAACUGCGAUAUACAUUGUGAACACUAACCAAAUUUACUAAUAAUAAAAAAAUAACAUGGACAGCCAUCGUCGGAGUAGCAUUAUAGAACCCACGGGUGGUGGUUACGUACCGGAUACAAGAAGUCAAUUGAACACGACGACUGUACAAGCCAAGCCAUCGCAGCAGAGGGCCCCUGAAUUCGGUUCGAGACCGCCGCGGCCCGAAUUCUAUCAACAAAAUCCAUACGGCGCGCCCAACAGGCCACAGGGACAGCAGCAACGGCCACCGCCGCCGAGAACGUCAGGCGAAAACAAGGCCAGUCCCUGGAAUCUUAUUCGGCAAGCUCUGCCACCGGACGUCGGGGUCCGUGGUCCGGUACAGUUGCAGCAACAGCAACAACGUGGGCCUCCGCCGCAGAAUUAUAACAGCAUCAACAACAACAUGCAACAGAGACCACCAAUGCAACAAGAACAGCAACAGUACAGGCAACAGUUGCCGAUGCAGGAACGCCGUGGUCCUACGUCCCGGGUCACUGAAGACAGGCCGAUGCCACAAUUCCGGUCAGAUAAUGGUAGACAGGCGAGACCCGUAGGAGGCGGUGCUGAUGACGACGAAGAAGUAGUGGUCAACUCUUCCAUUAAUCAACAGAUGCAGCAACAGCAACAACCGACAUUAAACCGAAGGGAUUCUACGACAUUUGCAAGCGGCCGAGCCGGUGACGGACCGGUUGACCCAAACAAGCAGUGGCAGCCGAGAGCGGUGGCGCCGGGAAUGGUACCGUACGGUAAACCACAGCAACAGGAACAACAGUACGGUAGACAAUCGUUGGUGAUACCCGAGGGACAGGAGCAGACACGUUUUCCAGCGCAAGCAACCGGUGCGUACAACAACAGCCGGCCCACGGCCUCGCAAGAAGACGACGUUGGCAGUAGACAACCGGUGCAAAUGCAAAAUGGCAUGCAAAAAAUCUUGCAGCCACAACAACAACAGCCACAGAGACAACAACAGCAAAACUUGUUGACAAGACGGGACAGCGUGUUGGACGCGAGUACUGCAAAGGCCGGGACGGACAUGAUAUCGCGGAGGAACGACGGAAUGGCCGAGUACGGUAGAAGGCCAACACUGGACUUGCAGGAUGAAGGUGGCAACAGGUGGCAGUCGGAGCUUGUUGGUGGUGCCCGAAGACCGCCACCCGUGCAGGACUCUAUACAAGAUGAUAGCAGACGGCCGGCUGCCGAAUUCAAGAAAACGGAACAGGAAGACGUGAGCGGCAGACGUUUGACGGACUUCAAAACCAUCAGACCAGAAAUCGGUGCCGCCACCGAGUAUGGCGCGGCCAGCAGACAGGUGAACGCCACGACCCGUCCGGACGACAGACCGCCUAUGAGAGAUUACGAACAGCCGCGGUACGAGCGCAAAGCGUUGUUGGAAAAAGAUCAGCCUGUCCAGAGGCCGGCCGCGGUGGAGCACGGCAACCGUGCGUCGGAGCUUAGAAAGUUGCACUUCGAAGCCACUCAUUUGAAACCGGUCAGGGAGCAACCAAAUGCGGCCAACAACGACGGCAGGGUGGCUUCGGAGCGAGGUAGGGAGCCACCGACGAAUGGGACGGGACCUAGGGAUUACGCGGCGAUGAAGUCCACCGGCGACGAUGACCCGCCAAACGAACGGUACAGGGCGACCGUCACCGCGGCGGCGGACCGCGUUGCUGGCGGAGACGACAAGGUCGUGCCGCAGCCGAGUAAGAACUCCAGGCCCGAUACUUUAAAAAUAAUUAAAGACAAUGAACCACUCAAAGAUUCAUCAAACUCGAAAGGCGAUCGUCAGAACGACAACGACGUGGGCAAGUCGCCGAGCAAAAUCCCGAAAAAAGACCGUUCAGAAUUGAAAACUCCCACCCGAGCUGUCACGCCAAAGUCUCCUGUUGAGGGCGUGACCGGACAGAAGAAGUUGCCGAUGAACAAAGUGCAAGUGGGAUCUGCGCCAUCACCGAAUCUCAAGGUAGUCCGGUCAAAAGUCGGAUCACUGCAGAACACCAGUCACAAACCGGGCGGUGGGCAAGUGAAAAUCGAAAACAGAAAACUCGAAUGGAAAGCCGGUACGAGGGUUGAGGCCAAAAACGAUGCAUACGUUCCCGGUGGCGGCGACAAAAAGAUUCAAAGUGUUAAGCUACAGUGGAACGCCAAACCUAAAGUAGGUUCACUGGACAACAAAACCCACAAACCUGGAGGUGGUGACAAAAAAAUCGAAACCGUUAAGCUCGACUUCAAAGACAAGGCAAAACCAAAAAUCGGGUCCAAAGACAACAUUAAACACACUCCAGGCGGAGGAGCCGUCAAGAGCCAAUCCAUAGAAUUAUUAGAAAAGGAAUCGCACGACAUAGAGGAUCAAAAAUUGGACAUAAAAGCCCAGAGCAAGGUAGGAUCGUUGGACAACAUGAAACACAGACCUGGUGGUGGAGAGGUGAAAAUAUUCGAUGACAAGAGUUACAUAAAACAGACGAACGCGGGACAAAUCGGAACGCCAACAAAAACACAGCUCCGGAGGAGUUCUAGUUUGAAAAGUCCAUUAAGCAUGAAGUUAUAUAGCCCUGAUGAACGACCCAAAAGCCAUGUGAAAAUUGUCGUUACACCAACAAGUGAGGAGGAUUUGUACAAUAAAAUAGCAACAAGCAACAGUAAAGAAGGACCUAGGCGAUCAGCAUACAUAAGAUCACCUUCACUACACAAUGACAUAGUUAUACCCGAAGAGGCAGUUAAAACUAAAAAAUGAUAAGAUGUCAUCAAUAAUUAAGAAUUAUAUAUUUGUCCAUCUACUGUGCAGAACAUUUUUAUAAAAACAUUCCAGAUGUGGCAUAGGGUUACUACAUUUACAGUUCCUGACAUUAGCAGCAUAGUUGAGAUGUUGGGUUUUAAUGUUUUAGAUAUAUGGUACAAUAUGCACAUUGUGUGAUGAUAAUGAUAAUAAUAAGAAUAAUAAUAAUAAAUAAAUAAAUGGCUUAAUUCGAAUACUGAUACAAAAUCAAAAUAUAAUACAGUAAGUACAAGAGUAAUAAUGGGAUAAAUUGCAUAUUUAACUAAACAAAAAUUAAUAAGGGAAAAAAAAUCAAAACAAAAUUCAAUACAUAAUAAAGUAAAAUUUUUAACAAAAAGAAAAAAAAAUGGAAUACAUUUAUCUUGUUACAGGUUUGAACUUGUGUCGAUUAUUUUUUAUACAUAUGUUUUUGGCCCAAAGCAAGUCAUAAUAUUAACUUCAAUUUUAAC